AUGGCCUCAACACUCGGCAAAGAAUUCUUAGGCGCAUUGCCUACAGAGUUAUGUUUCCAAGUCCUUCAAUCCCUUGAAUCCAAAACCGCUAUAUCCUCUCUCAUACGAGCUUCAUCACGGAUGCUUCAAGUCUACCUCAGAUACAAAGCAGUAAUUGUAUGGCACAUCCUUGCCUCGGACUUCGACAAAGAUAUGAUCCAGGAUGCCAUAUUCAUCAUACAGCUCCCAAGAUCCGCAGGACCCCUUUACAUCGAGGAAGAAUACGAGCCCUGGAAGGCAAUCGUGAGCCAGUGGAUUGCAAAAGACCUUCCUGACCCCGUCGCCUCUCGGGACAAAUCGUCGCAACUCUUCUGGUCGCUCAAUAAACUCCACUCCGUGUUGAUACGACUCGGCGAGGACUAUAUCACCAAAGCCAGAUCGAAAUAUAUGAUCCAAAGCUAUCCUUGUCUUCCACAGAUGAGAGCUUCGCAGCGCCAUCUUACUUUCAAAGGAAAGGAGGUCAUGACUAGGAUGGACGCAGGCCAGCUUCAGCAGUCAGAACGACGCAAGCUUCUCAAAUCAUUUCUUUUUUACGAAUGGACCGCCAAGGCGAUGAGAACUCAACAUAUGUUCGUGCUUCUAAACUUUGACUUUGACCUGUUGAUAUCAAAGCCUCGCGAAGUCAGUUUAUCUGACGAGAAAGGCUGGGCUAGUGUGCAAGUAUACGUUGCAACACUCUACAAAGCGAUCUUUGCACAGAUUACGGAGGGAAGGCUCCCGGAGCCUGAGAAGGACUUUUGUCCCGACACAGGGAUUCCACAUUGGCAUUUCGCUUCCACCUCCCUGGCUAUAUACAGUGCCUUCAGCCCGUAUGACGUGAGAGUUGAAGGUCUACCUGAGGAGCUGACUGCAUGGGGUCUGGAUCUCCUCAUGGUGUAUCUGAACCUUGACGUAAACCGUACAGAUGACAGGGAACUCGUCGAAGACCACUUCGGAGCCAAGAUCACUAAAGAAGGAGAGGAAAGUGCAUGGUCGUCUGCACAUCUUAAUGUCAUGAUGUAUUUUGAAACAGACGUUCUUUUUACUUCUGGCGAGAUGGAAUCGGCCGAGAGCUGGUGUGCGUGGGAAUACCUGAACGAUGCCAAGCCACAUUACAACCGUAAUUUGGUGACUCGCCACUGCUCUCAAUGGUCAGACGACGAUUUACUCCGUCAUUACGAAGAGCGUCCCCACGUAUCACAAUUCGAUAUAGAAGUUGCACUUCACUGGAAUCGUAUGAAAAGGAAACGAAAGUCCACGAAGAAAGGCAGAAGUCCUCUACCGCAGUUGAUUGAGACCCGUUCUGGGUACCAUGUCAUUGAGCAGUCGCCAGCCUUUUGGCGUGUGGGCUUACGAUCAUUGUGA